AUGCCUCCAGAACGGUCUAACGUGCCGCAAUACCAGCAGGAGCUUUUCACCGAACUACGCGCCGAGGAUGAGCUAGUCAUCCUUGCACGAGGCCUAGGGCUUCUACACCUAAUAUCGAACCUCCUCCAUUUUUACGAUGCAGCGGGAAACAAUCUGGUCCUGGUUGUGGGUGCAGAUGAACGCGAGAAUGAAUGGAUCGGAGAGGGUAUGUGGAUUGGUUUACAUCCUAAGUCAUUCGUCGGUGUGGGAAGCUGA